AGUGCAAGCCCAACAAGCGACUCCCACCUGCCUCCCUGCCUCUGGCCAUGGCCUGUCAGCAUCUGGCCCUCCUUCUGACUGGGGUCCUCCUAGCAGCCUCCCAGCCAACCCUCACCCAGCCGGACACACUGCUAGUCUUCCCAGGCCAAGUGGCCCAACUCUCCUGCAUGCUCAGCCCCCGCCAUGCCACCGUCGGGGACUACGGCGUGUCUUGGUAUCAGCAGCGGGCAGGCAGUGCCCCCCGCUUUCUCCUCCACUACCGCUCAGAGGAGGACAACCACCGCCCCCCUGACAUCCCUGACCGCUUCUCGGCAGUCACGGAUGCAGCCCAUAAUGCCUGCAUCCUGACCAUCAGCCCCGUGCAGCCUGAAGACGCUGCAGAUUAUUACUGCUCCGUGGGCUACAUACCCUAGGGGUGGGGUGUGGGAUGAGUGCCUUCUGUCUGCUUCCCACUUAUGCUCCUGACCUUGGGACCCUCCCUUUCUCUGAGCCUUGAUUUUCCUCCUUUGUAAAAUGGGUUAAUAAUCAACAUGUCAACAAUAACUAUUC